AUGGUUGGGGUGAGACAAAAUCGCAGUAUUCAAGAUGAGAAAUUGCUGCUCGCAAUUUUCAACACUUCAGCUGCUGCACAAUCAGACUCGCAACCUUCAUCAAGGCCUCGGAGUAGACAGUCUUCGAGAUCAGACGAAGGAGAGGAGUCAAUUCCCUUUUCAAGUGUGAAUCCGCCUUUUGGAGACGUUGAAGCGUUGGAAGAUGAAGUCAUUGCGAGAUCGGGGAGUGGUGACUCGGAUGAUGGUCCAAAAAUUUAUGGUGCUCAGCAACACAAUCUGAUCGUUGAUGCGAGACCAACAGUCAACGCUUUUGCUAUGCAAGCGAUUGGUCUCGGAUCGGAAAAUAUGGAUAAUUACAAGUUCGCAACGAAGAUCUAUCUUGGUAUCGAUAAUAUACAUGUCAUGAGAGAUUCGUUAAAUAAGGUCAUUGAUACGCUGAAAGACUCAGAUAUCACUCCUCUGCCUCCGAAUCGAGAAGCUUUAGCAAAAAGCAGUUGGCUAAAGCACAUUGGUCGUGUGCUAGAUGGUGUUGGCAUUAUUACAAGACAGGUCGGUUUGCAACAUUCUCAUGUUCUUAUUCACUGCUCCGAUGGCUGGGAUCGAACGAGCCAGCUCAGUGCGCUCAGCCAACUGUGUCUUGAUCCUUACUACCGAACUCUGGAAGGUUUCAUUGUUCUGGUCGAAAAGGACUGGCUUUCCUUCGGCCAUCAGUAUGAGCGCCGAUCAGGUUUCCUGUCGAGCGAGAAAUGGUUCAACAUCGAGAAUGAAAGGAUUGGAGGUGAUAUUAACAGUAAGCCGAGCUUCGUCGCACAGACUAGCGGAGCUGGGAAUGCACUGGAGAAUGCUCUGCUUAGUGCAAAAGGUUUUUUUAAUAAGGACAACAAUAGCAGAGACUCUCUUGGCAAUUCCGAGGGUGAGCUGCAAGAAGCUGGAGAUCUCACUCCGAAGAAGGGUUCCACCCCCUCAAAAGAUUCAAAGGAAGAGAAGAGCACUACCAAGGUGAAAGAAACAAGUCCGAUAUUUCACCAAUUCCUUGACGCCACGUAUCAGCUACUUCAACAACACCCUACCCGCUUCGAAUUCAGCGAGCGUUUCCUUCGCCGGCUUCUCUACCAUCUGUAUUCGUGUCAGUAUGGCACUUUCCUCUACAAUAACGAAAAGGAGCGCAUAGAUUCCCGCGUACAAGAGAGAACCCGCAGCGUGUGGGAUUAUUUCCUAGCCCGCAAAUCGCAAUUUCUCAACGAAAAAUAUGAUGGAACCAUCAACGACCAUGUUCGAGGGCAGGAACGACUCAUUCUGCCUACACCUAGGAAGUUAAGGUGGUGGAGCGAGCUCUUUGGUCGGACUGACGCCGAGAUGAAUGGGCCAGAAACUACCGCCAAGUCGGCUACGGAUACGAAUGGUUCAGCUCAGCCAACAGUCUUGACUGGCGUGGAGACCGCUGGUACCUCGCUUGGGGCAGGUGCGCCAGGGCAUGCUCUACCUAAUGGCGAUGCAAAUGGUGUGGCCAAGCUGGCCGCAGAUCUUGGAGGCCUCGGGGUCGAAGACACGAGGCCAGAUAAGGACGCAAAGCAAGCGAUGGAGAUGGAAAUGCAUACACUCGAUGGGAAAACUGACUGCGAUCAUCCCACAAACGAGACUUUUGAUGCUCCUGCACCGAGUGGGCUGAAUACGGUCUACCCGAUUGGCGCACCCACUGGAGCUGCUCCAAGCUCCACCACUGCUACUGUUACUUCUGGUGCGCCUUCGACUCCAACAACAAGUGAUUUGAAACAAGAUGGGGAUGGGAGUGCUAGUGGAAGUAUUGGUGGUGGUAUUGAGGCAAAUGGUGGGAAAGGGGGAAAGGCUAUGAGCACUUCCGACAUCCUAGCCGUGAGCAUAAGUCUCGCAGGCACGUUGGCCACGGUUGUGGGGGCGUAUUUCACGUAUGCGGCGUGGAAGGGCGUGCAGAGAAGGAGAAGGGUGAGGAGGGCGAGUGAGAGGAGGAUGGAGGAGUGGUUGAGACUACGGGGGAGGGAAAGUGGGGAUGGAUAA